AUGGAGGUCGCGCUCGCCCCCGUUGCCGCGAGCUGGAAGCGGGACGGGGUAACGAUGUCGUCGGACAUGAUGACCGACCGUUGUGGCCGCCCGCAGGCCAACGUGCUCCUUGUCAACGACUCCGGCGCAGUUUUCGAGCAGGCGGUGGAUUGCAACAUGGAGUCGAAGACCGGGGGGUACAUCGCCAGCCUUCUCCGCCCCGUCAUUGAUGAGGUGGGGCCGGAGAAUGUGGUGGCGGUCUGCACCGAUGGCGGCAGCAACUAUGCAUCGGCCGCCAAGAAGAUUGCGAGCACAUGGCCGCACAUUGAGCAUGUGCCAUGUGCCACGCAUGUCCUGGACCUGAUGAUGGAAGAUAUGGGCAAAAUGGGAUGGGCGAAGGGGCUUGUGGAGAAAAGAGGGGAGAUGAUUACCUUCGUGCGCAACCACCACUUUACCCGUGCCUAUAUGAAGAAAGUGGGGGGGAAGCAGGUGCUCAAGCCUGCGGGAACCAGGUUCGGGACACAAUACAUAGCCAUGGCCCGGCUAUGUGAGGUGAGGAGUGGGCUGGCGGCGAUGGUGCUCAGCGACGAGUGGAAGGUGUGGGCAGCGGCGGACAAGGAUAGGAAGACAGCAGCUGAGAAAUUCAGGGCUGCUGUGAUGGAUGAGGAGUGGUGGGGGGUGGCGGAGUUCUUUACCUCUCUCAUGGCGGUGCCAUUCAAGGCCAUGCGGGCCACGGACUCUUCCGCGAAAGGCAUGAUGGGUAAGCUGUAUGACAUCAUGCUACAGCUUACCGAGGACAUCAAUGACAAGCUCGACGCUUCAAGUGACUUCUUGACUCGGACAGAGAGGGCAGACAUCACCAAGAUUGUGAAGGACAGGUGGGACAACUCCCUUGCCUGCCCCAUGCAUGUGGUUGGCCGGAUCCUGAAUCCGGCCAACCAGGAGGAGGGAAUUUUCAGGAACGAUGUGGAGUGCACGCGGGUGUUCAAGGACUACAUCGAGCGCCACUAUGACAACAAGACCUUCAAGCGUGGCAAGGAUGGCGCCCCUCGCCGCGCCUCCCUUGUGCUGCAGGAGGCAUUGCUGGCCUACAUCAACAUGGAGGGCAGCUUUGGCAAGCCGGGCGCCAUUUCUGCAAGGGAGGCAGUGAAGAAGGGGGAGAUGAGCAUGGUGCAGUGGUGGUCGUGGCACAGCACCGAGUAUCCUGAGCUUGCCGCCCUCGCAUGCCGGGUGCUCACUCAGCCCGUCUCGGCUUCCCCAUGCGAGCGUGGCUGGGCGCAGUGGGAAGGCAUCCACACCGCCCGCCGCAACCGGCUCGGGUCCGCCAAGUGUGCGGACCUCGUCUACAUUGCGCACAACUGGAACGUUGUGCGCAAUUGGUACAAGAAGGAUGGGGGCAGCACGGUUGUGCUCGGUAACAUCCCGGAUGCCCCUAUCCCCCCCGGCUAUAACAUGGAUGAGGAGGAGGAUGACAUGCUGGGGGAGGAAGGAGAGGAUGCAGUGCUGGCGGAUGAGUAUGGGGAAGGUGUGGUGGUGGAAAAGCCCCGCAAGGAAAUCGGCAAGGGCAUCAACGUGGUCUUCAACUCGGCCUUCCAGUCCGUGUCAGCAUUCGCCAACGCGGGGUUCGGACUAAUGGACGAGAACCUCAUUCCCUUCCAGCGCAAUGUGCCGUACCUGCUGGUCAUGGCCGUGCUGAUCCUGCAAGAAGGACAGCAGCCGAUGGUGAGUGCUGUAUGGGCCGUGGGAGGGGAGAUAGAAGCGCCUGCUUCUGCUCCUGCUGGUUGUGGCCGUGCUGAUCCUGGUGGGCAACACCAUGUACGCCCCCACGCUCAGAGGCGUGCCGGCGCUGCUUCACAGGACGAGCAGGAAGGGCAGCAGCCGAUGGUGAGUGGGCUAUACCAUUCCCCCCUUUCCUUCCCCCUCUCUUCCCUCCUCUCUAUUCCCCCACUCCCCUUCCGCCCAUCAGGCACAUAA